AAAUUCUCUCCAAACAAAAAAAGGAAGAGUCUUUUUUGGUCUCUCCCCUUCUCCGGGGGAUCUGCUUGCUCUCUCUCUCUCGCCUGUAAGAAGAUUCCCCAACUUCAAUUUCCUCAGAGAAAAAAACCCUAAUUUUGCUUGGGAAUUUCUUCAAUCUAUCACUGUUAAAAUCUCUACUUCAAUCGUCAUCCAUGGCUGAUCAGCAAACCCUAGAUUCCUCUACUUCUCCUCCUCCUCCUCAGUCCGAUGAUCUCUCUCACUCCCACUCUACUACUCCCACUUCCUCUUCCUCAGAUCCGUCGCUCUUGAGGUCUCUAUCCUCUAGUCGACUCAACGCCGGAGCUCCCGAGUUCGUUCCUGGUCGAACUACUCCUCCGCUGCCGCAACCGCCGAGGAUGAUUAUCCCGCCUUCUCCGCCGCACGGUAUGCUUCAUAUGUACCACCACCAGCCUCCGUUCAAUGUUCCGGUUCUGGGUCCUGUUCCAAUUCAGCCUCACUUGGUUCCUGUUCAAAAUCACCAUCCUCAUCGCUUUCACCAUCAUCAUCAUCAAAACCGUCAUCAGAACCAGCAAUAUGUUCCGGUGAGGAAUCACGGCCAUCAAGAUUACCAGCAGCGUGGCGAGCAGGAACCGGAUUUAGUUGCGAAGAAGAGCGAUCGGAGAGAUCAUAAGAGAGAAUCCAAGAACGAUCAGGCCACGGAAACGGGAGCCUCUGUUUCCAUCGAUUCUAAAACUGGUUUGCCUGAAGACACUGUCCAGAAAAUUGUGAAUCAGAUUGAAUACUAUUUUAGCGACUUGAACUUGGCCACCACAGAUCACCUGAUGAGAUUCAUUAGCAAGGAUCCUGAAGGAUAUGUGCCAAUACAUGUGGUUGCAUCUUUCAAGAAAAUUAAAACUGUCAUUAGUGGUAAUUCUCAGCUUGCCACUGUGCUACAGAAUUCUGCAAAGCUGGUUGUUAGUGAAGAUGGAAAGAAAGUAAGACGUGUAAAUCCAAUUACCGAGGCUGCUAUAGAAGAACUCCAGUCUCGUAUAGUUAUUGCUGAGAAUCUACCUGAGGACCAUUGCUACCAAAAUCUGAUGAAGAUUUUCUCAACUGUUGGAAGCGUGAAGAACAUCCGUACCUGCCAGCCACAAAACACUGGGAGUGGUGGUCCACCAGCAGCAAGAUCAGCCAAAAGCGAUGGUACGCUUUUCAGUAACAAGGUCCAUGCUUUUGUCGAGUACGAGCUAGUUGAGCUAGCCGAGAAAGCAGUUGCUGAACUAAGUGAAGCAGGAAACUGGAGGAGCGGUCUUAAGGUCCGUUUGAUGCUAAAACAUCAGACAAAGGAACCAAAACAGGGUCAAGGACGAGGAAGAAAAGGAAACGAUGUAGAAGUAGAACAUGAGGAAGAUGAUGCCACAACAUCCGAGCAGCAGCCGACUGAGAAACAAUCUGAAGAGUGUUCUGGGGAAUGGGAUACAAAUGUGCAAGAGCAGGCAAUAGGAGAGGAGCAAGGGAAUGAGAAAGCGGUUGGGCAGAGAAAAGGGCGUAACCGAGGUAGGGGAAAGGGACGGGGACGAGGUCAACCACACCAGAACCAAAACAACAAUGGGCGGGGGAAUAAUCAGCAUCAUAAUCACAAUCAACAUCAACAUCAUCAUCAGGUGGGAACACCACCUUCUAACAAUCCAAUGAACAACAUGGAGCAACAAGGCAUGGGGAAGCAGCAACCGCCAGGACCACGAAUGCCUGAUGGGACCAGAGGAUUCUCGAUGGGAAGGGGAAAGCCAGUCAUGGUUCAGGCAGACUGAUCCAGGGCUGUUUGCAAAGAGGUGAUUUGGAGUUGUGAAGGUUCCACAAAAGAGAGAGAAAAAGAAGAGAGAGAGAGAGAGAGAGAGAGAGAGAGAGAGAGAGAGAGAGAGAGAGAGAGCUUUUAUCCUUCCCAUGGGGAAUGGGUUAGUUUUGCAGACUUUUUAUAUUUGUCUUACUUGAAAGUACAUCUUGAGUCUUCUAUUUACCUUACGAAAACAAAGCAAACAGCCUUUUCCUUACAAGAAGAGACAAUAUAGUGUUGAGUGUAAUGAAAAGCCAAAUUUCAAAAACGCUUUUAUAAUGAAAUAAUGACAUUCCUUU